CAUUUCUCGCCUAUAUAUACUCUCUAACUGAUCAGAAUCAUCCCUGCUUUGUAAACUCUUCUCUUUGUCCGGCCGCAGCAUUCACUCAUCUAAAGGUACCAUAAUCCACCAUGGGUAAGGAAAAGGUUCACAUCAGCAUUGUUGUCAUUGGCCAUGUCGACUCUGGGAAGUCAACCACCACAGGCCAUUUGAUCUACAAGUUGGGAGGUAUUGACAAACGUGUGAUUGAGAGGUUUGAGAAGGAGGCAGCUGAGAUGAACAAGAGGUCCUUCAAGUAUGCAUGGGUUCUUGACAAACUCAAGGCUGAACGUGAGCGUGGUAUCACAAUUGAUAUCGCUUUGUGGAAGUUUGAGACCACAAAGUACUACUGCACUGUCAUUGAUGCUCCUGGACAUCGUGACUUCAUCAAGAACAUGAUUACUGGAACCUCUCAGGCUGAUUGUGCUGUUUUGAUCAUUGAUUCCACCACCGGUGGUUUUGAAGCUGGUAUUUCCAAGGACGGUCAGACCCGUGAACAUGCUUUGCUUGCUUUCACUCUUGGUGUGAAGCAAAUGAUUUGCUGCUGCAACAAGAUGGAUGCCACAACCCCGAAGUAUUCGAAGGCUAGGUAUGAGGAAAUUGUCAAGGAAGUGUCAUCCUACCUGAAGAAGGUCGGAUACAACCCUGACAAGGUCCCCUUUGUCCCAAUCUCUGGUUUUGAGGGUGACAACAUGAUUGAAAGGUCAACAAACCUUGACUGGUACAAGGGACCAACCCUUCUUGAGGCUCUAGACCAGGUCAACGAGCCCAAGAGGCCAUCUGACAAGCCCCUCCGUCUACCUCUUCAGGAUGUCUACAAGAUUGGUGGCAUUGGUACUGUACCUGUAGGCCGUGUUGAGACAGGUGUGAUUAAGCCCGGUAUGUUGGUCACUUUUGGGCCAACUGGUCUGACAACUGAAGUGAAGUCUGUUGAGAUGCAUCAUGAGUCUCUUCCAGAGGCACUUCCUGGUGACAACGUGGGAUUCAAUGUUAAGAAUGUUGCCGUCAAGGAUAUCAAGCGUGGCUAUGUUGCAUCGAAUUCCAAAGAUGACCCUGCCAAGGAAGCUGCCAAUUUCACUGCACAGGUCAUCAUCAUGAACCACCCUGGGCAGAUAGGAAAUGGUUAUGCUCCAGUUCUCGACUGCCACACUUCCCACAUUGCUGUCAAGUUCUCUGAGAUAUUGACUAAAAUUGAUAGACGGUCUGGUAAGGAGCUUGAGAAGGAGCCGAAGUUCUUGAAAAAUGGGGAUGCUGGGAUGGUGAAGAUGGUUCCCACCAAGCCCAUGGUUGUGGAGACCUUUGCUGAGUACCCGCCUCUUGGGCGUUUUGCAGUGAGGGACAUGCGGCAAACUGUUGCUGUUGGAGUCGUCAAGAGUGUGGAGAAGAAAGAGCCUUCUGGAGCUAAGAUUACCAAGGCCGCCGCGAAAAAGAAAUGAAUUGUGUUUUUGCUUCCUCCAAAUGUGUUGCUUUGGUCAAUGAGUUGUCUUUUACUACCUCGUUUGUUUGGUGCCCAUUUUCAGAAUUGGGUUCUGGAUAGGCGAUGGAGAGACUUUACUUUUCUGUUGGACUUCGUUUUCUGAGUUUUUAGUAUUGGGUGCCCCUUGCUAUCUUUAAUUUAGUGGCUCAGAGAGUCAGAGUUUUGUUUUCAUUCAGUUUGUGUUGGACUUUAAUGGAAAUGUAAUUCUGGUUUCCUAGCUUAUACUCUGUAUGUUAUAAUGUGGAUGUUUGAGCUGUGUAGUUCAUGAAGGGCAUAUUUCGUGUAUUCUUAUAUUUAGGGGAGGCGGGUGGAAGUACAAUAACUAACAUGCUAGGAAAGUGUCGAGUUCAAUGUCCAUCGCAAUCUUUAUAACUGUAAGAAAUUAGGAACGAUAAACAAAUCUACCAAUAAUAACAAUGCAAGUGAGCUUUGGUGGAUGCACAGUUGCACACUAGUGACA